CUCGCCCCUCACAGUGUGGUCUCACCCUCUCCGUCUCGCCAUGGGGCCCGCUGCCCCUCGGACCGGCUGCCCCUCGCUACCUGACCAGCUCCACCCUCCUCUUCCUCCUCCUCCUCCUCCUCACUCAACGCCCACCAUGGCAGCCCCCACCAGAGCCCUACCGGGUGGUCGCCCAUGACCCUUGACCUUCCUGUGGCCUCUCUGCCCCCUUCUUCUUCUUCCUGUUCCUGGUCCUCGUCCUUCCCAUGGAGAGGAUGAGCUGGCUGAGCAAGCUGAACCCCCGGGGGCCGUCCGGGCAUCGCUCCAACCGGGCCCCCAGCCUCCAGAGCCCCGUCACGGCCGACCCAGAGACCUGCCUCAUGGUCUUCAAGAACCACUGGGCCCAGGUGCUGCGGAUCCUGGAGAAGCGAGGCCCGCCUUCCUCGUCCUCCUCCUCCUCCUCUUCCUCGCGAGGAGGGCCCCCGGCGGACGACCUGAGCGCGGUGCGCAACAACACGUACCAGAUGCUGACGCUGCUGGCGGAGGAGGAGCGCCCCCGCGGCGGGGAGGGCCCGUCCAUGGGCCCCAUCCUGGAGCUGGUGGUGUCGGAGCGGGUGCUGGAGCGGCUGGUGGGGUGGCACCUCCAGCGCGAGGCCCUCCCCGAGGAGCGCAAGGUGGAGCUGCUCAAGCUCUUUGAGAUGCUCAUCAGCCAGUCCCACCAGCCCCUGCUGGCCCACAAGCCGCUGCUGGCCCCACUCCUGCGCCUGCUGGCCCUCUGCGCCGGGCCGGCCUCCCCGCUCCUCGAGAGCAACCUGGUGCUGCUGCUCAGCCAGCUCUGCGUCUCUGUGGCCCGGGAGCCGGCCCUCCUGGAGCUCUUCUUCCUGCAGGGGCCCCCCUCUUCCUCCUCCUCUUCCUCCGAGACGGGGCCCCCCGACCUCCUGCUCUUCUCCCUCCUGGUCCCCUUCAUCCACCACGAAGGGGUCGUCGGGCAGCAGGCACGCGAUGCGCUCCUCCUCCUCAUGGCUGCUUCCGCCGGGAGCCACACCGUCGCCCGAUACAUUGCCGAUGGAUCCUACUUCUGCCCGGUCCUGGCCACGGGCCUCAGCGCCCUCUACUCCUCGCUGCCCCGGAAGCUGGAGGUCCGUGGGGACGACUGGCACUUCCUACGCCGGGAGGACUGGAUCGGGGUCCCCUCGCUGGUCCUCUUCAUGAGCUCCCUGGAGUUCUGCAAUGCCGUCAUUCAGGUGGCACACCCCUUGGUCCAGAAGCAGCUGGUAGACUACAUCCACAACGGGUUCCUGGUGCCGGUCAUGGGCCCAGCUUUGCACAAGUGUGUGAUUGGCAGGUACCUGGUGCCCUGCAGCCACGUGAUGCUGAGCCAGAAGAGAGCCGUGAAGGAGGCCGACCUCUACGGAAAGGCAGCCGGCAAGUUCCUCUCGCUCAUCCCGCGCUGCUGCCGCCCAGAGAGCCUGCCACCGGCCCCUGAACGUGAGGAGGAGCAGCAGCACGCAGCCUGGUCCAAGGGCCACGGCAGCCCCAGCGUGGACUCCUCCUCCUCCUCGGUGGUGACCGUCCCCCGGCCCUCCACGCCGUCCCGCAUCUCCUUCUUCAUGCGGCAGCCCAGCCUCGGCACCGGGGAGUCCGCCAGCCCAACGCACCUGCGCUCCCCGGGAACGCCCUCCGGAAGCCCCGCCCACCACCGCCCAUCUGGGGGGCGCUGGGAGGAGGUGGCCGAGCUGGAAGGGAACUACCUGGAGUACCUGCGGGAUGCCCGGCUGAGCGUGGACCGCUGUGUCUGGGCCUGCCGUGUCUGGUCUGCCCCCUACGAUGGGGAGGAGCCCAGCGCCGGGAGCCUGGCCCCCGGAGGCAUGCCGAACCCCCCCAGUGACUCCUUCGGCUACACCUCCUUCCACCCAAGUGGCCACCCGGGCCCCGCCACUGCCCCCUCCUCCUCUUCCCCCCGGACUAAGAAGCGGGGCCUCACCGAGGAAGUGCCCAACCCGGAAGGGGCUCCUCCCACAACGGGGCCCGGCUCCCCCUCCUCCCCGGCCCCUCAGGACUCGGGCGCCAUCCUCAACGGGGCCCAUGCGCUGGACACAGGGGUCAAGAAGGUCCGCUGGUGUGCGAAAGGGGCAGCGGAGAACGGGGGGUCCAACUCCAGCACCGCCUCCCACGCUGGGUCAGGAUCCCCGUGGCCCCCGUCCUCCUGCCCGGACACCCUUCUGGAUGAGCUGCUCUCCCAGGCGCCGCCGGUGGAGAACGGGUCGGCCUCGACGGUGGAGAAGUUCGCGGCGGAGCUGAGCCGGAUCCAGGACGAGAUGGAGAACGGGGGCCGAGGGGCCGAAGGGGAGGAAGAGGAGGGAGGGCGGCCCCCUCCGGCCACCAGGGCCCCUCCUCCGGACCCCGACCCGCUCUCCCGCGAGGAGGAGGACGCCUUCCGCAGCUUCACCUCCCUCCCGGAUGGAGCGGGGCCUCCCCGGCCGCCCGACCCCUUGGCCCAGCUUCUCCUCAGCAGCCCCCCACGGACCCCCGGGCAGCCCCCCAGCCAGCCCUUCACAGGGCCCUUUGUGGCGGUGCUCCUGGCCAAGCUGGAGAACAUGUUGCAGAACUCGCUGUACGUGAACUUCCUGCUGACGGGGCUCCUCUCCCAGAUGGCCUCCUACCCACAGCCCCUCCUGCGCUCCUUCCUGCUCAAUACCAACAUGGUCUUCCAGCCCAGCGUCAAGUCCCUCAUCCAGGUCCUGGGCUCCGUCAAGAACAAGAUUGAGAGCUUUGCUGCCAGCCAGGAGGACUUCCCUGGCCUCCUCUUCAAAGCCAAGAAGUACCUGAUUGCCCGGGGCAAGCUGGACUGGUCCGACGCCCAGAAUGCCGCCCCCUCCUUGCGCCGGUCGGAGACCCUCGUGAAGAGCCGGAAGCCCUCGCUGGGGGAGCUGAUCCUGCGUCACACCAACAGCCCGACGCGAGCCCGGCAGGCGGCCCAGCUGGCCCUGCAGCACAUGCGGGAGGGGGCCCCCGUCCUGCAGGCCUUCUCCUCAGGAGGGGCCUCCCUCUUCCGCAGCUCAGCCGAGAAGCAGAGCGAGGCCCUGCGGGUCAAGAACGCCGUCUACUGCGCCGUCAUCUUCUGCGAGUUCCUCAAGGAGCUGGCGGCCAUCGCCCAGGCCCAUGCCGUCACCUCCCCCUUCCUCCUGGAGCCCCCCGAGGAGUGACCGGCUGACCGUCCGCCCUCACACACACACCAAACACUCCCCCCUCGGGGCAGGCAGGGGUGGGGGGCCCUCGACUGGAAACUCCCCCCAAAAAAUACUCCGUCCCUUCCUCCGUCCCUCCCUCCUCUCCCUUCGGCUUGGCGCCACCAGGCCUGCACUAAUGAGGGAGGACGGGAGCGCCCGGCUGCCCGCGGGCGACUUUUUAAAACUACCCCCUCCCCCACCCAGGACAUAUGGACCUUUUUAAUUUAUUUGGAAUGAAUGUUUUUCUGGAGAAUUCGUUGCAAUAUGUAUAAAAGAAGCUGUCUCUCUC